GAUUAAUCCAAAAAGUGGCCACAGAAACAGUACUAGUAUUCUUGAAUGAUGUCAGAGUCGGUGCAGCAGCGGCGGUGAGGACCUUCAUCGGCUAGCCGUUGGAAACGGACGGACCUGGAACUGGUGCGGUUUGGCUUUUCCCAAUCGACGAUGGUCUGCGCGACGGUUGCCGUCUUUCCUCCUCCUCAAAUGGCUACGAAGUUCUUCUGUUGUGCUUCACUUAAUCAACAGCCUACAUUCAGUGGUCUCAAUACCAAUAAAAAAUCGCUUCAGAAAGUGAAGGAACUUGUUUCAUUAGUUGGAAUUCCUUCAUUCAUUACACCUCAUGAAUCACUUCAAAAAGGGAACUGGGUCAAGCUUAUAUGUGGUGCAAGCUUCGAGGAUGUCGUUGAUAUCAGGAAUCUUUCCUUGGUUUAUACUUUGGCUGGAGUUGAUUGUAUUGACUGUGCGGCUGAUGGAGCUGUAGUUAAUGCUGUGGUAGAAGGAAUUGAAGCAGCGAGAGAGAUAGUAUCAAUUCGAAAGCCUUGGGUAAUGAUUAGUGUCAAUGAUGAUGAAGACCUUCACUUUCGCAAGGCUGAAUUUAACCCUGAUGAAUGUCCAGUGAACUGUUCUAGACCAUGUGAGAUUGUUUGUCCUGCUAAUGCAAUAUCACUUCAGACAUCUUCCACUGUUUUCAAGGGUGGAGUAAUAACCGAGCGCUGUUAUGGCUGUGGACGAUGUCUCCCAGUUUGUCCAUACGACAGAAUAAGAACUCUUACAUAUGUAAGAGAUGCUUCUGUUACUGCUGAGCUUCUUAGAAGAGAAGAUGUAGAUGCUCUAGAGAUUCAUACAAAUGGCAGGCAAUCUUCAGCAUUUAAAGAACUUUGGACUGGGUUAGGAAAUUCUGUGGAUCAUUUAAAGCUAGUAGCAGUUAGCUUGCCUGAUACGGGAGAUUCAGUUCUCUCUUCCAUGAGCGACAUUUAUUCCAUUAUGGAACCCCGUCUACUUUUCUCGAAUCUCUGGCAGUUAGAUGGUCGACCCAUGAGCGGAGAUAUUGGCCGUGGUGCUACAAGAGAAACAAUUGCUUUUGCUGUUCGUAUGGCUGCUGCAAAAGACAAACCCCCUGGUUUUCUUCAAUUGGCAGGUGGAACAAAUGCCCACACUGUUGAUGGCUUAAAGCACAAAAGACUCUUCCAAGUCUCCAAUUCAGAACCGGGAUUAUCGGUGUCUACCCAUGCUCUAAUUGGUGGAGUUGCUUUUGGUGGGUAUGCUAGAAAGAUUGUUGGAAGAGUUUUGAACUCGAUGCGAUCUCAAAGUGGCCUUGCUUGUUGUUUAGAGGAUUUUCCAGACCAUCUAUUAAUGGCACUUGUGGAGGCCCUAGCAUUGGUUGGAACUGUUAAACUAUAUGACAGGAUUGAAUAAAUUCAUCUUUUGUCAAGUUAGAAAGCUCAUUCAAUUUUCAAGAUUUAAUGUUCUUGUUUAUUUGUUGGAAUGUGAAGAGAAUACAAAGAUAAUUAAUUGAAAUUUUAUAGUAUUAGUA